AAUCUCAUCUCUUUCUUCUUGUUUUUUUUUCCGUUCCUAAUUUCUGCAAAAGAAUCAUCCUAAACCCUUGCCUUUCAUUCUUAAACCCUUCACUCCAACACCCAAAAAUCAAAAACUAACACUACACAAAUGACACUUUUCCAUUUCCUUUGGACCAAAUCCACCACCAUUUCUUCCAUUUCCAAAACCUCAAUUUCCCCAAAUUUCCUCACUUCCCAGUUCAGACAACUUUCCACUUCUUUCCUCGUCACCAAAACCCCUAAAAAAUUCCGCAAGAAACGAAAGAAAAAAGAAUCCCCACGUACUAAAUUAGUUCAAACUCAACCAAACAUCAACCCCCACUUCGAAAGCAUCCUUUUUCGUGACACCCAUUUCAGAUUUUUAACUAAAACCAAAGAAUUCCUAUCCAAACAACCCCUUAAUGUUCUUCGUCUUGAUGAUGCUGGAAAACUUCACCAACAACUUGGGUUUCCACGUGGCAGAAAAGUUGUCCGAUCCCUUCAACAACACCCGAAAAUUUUCGAGAUUUAUAGGCAUACUGAUGGUAAGAUGUGGAUUGGUUUCACUGAUUUUAUGGAACAAUUGUUAGAAGAAGAAUCUUGUGUAAUGAAUGAAAUGGAAAUUGAUAGAGUUAAUGUAGUUAGGAAAUUGUUGAUGAUGUCGAAAGAUAAAAGGAUUGCUUUGAGUAAAAUUUAUCAUAAUAGACUUUUAUUUGGUAUACCUGAAGAUUUUAGGGAUAGGUUAGGGAAGUACGAGGAUUAUUUUAAGGUUGUUGUUGAGGGAGAUGGGAAAAGGGUAGUUGAGCUUGUGAAUUGGGAUCCUACAUUGGCGGUUAGCGCGUUGGAAAAGGAGUAUAUGGUUGAUGAGGAUAAGGUUAAGAAGGCGUUUAAGUUUCCGAUAAAACAUGGGAAGGCAUUGGAUUUGGAUGAACGCGAUGAAAGGAAGUUGAAUUUGUUGUAUACGUUGCCAUUAGUUUCGCCUUAUUCUGAUGGGAGCAAGUUGGAUUUGUGGACUGUUGAGGCGGAGAAGUUUAGGGUUGGAUUGAUUCAUGAGUUCUUAAGCUUGACGUUGGAGAAGAGAGCUUAUAUACAUAACAUUGUGGAGUUUAAGGAGGAGUUUUGUCUUACGAAGCAUACUUAUCAGAUGUUGUUGAAACAGCCUCGGACGUUUUACUUGGCUGGUACGGAAAUGAAUUGGUCGGUUUUUCUAAAGGAUGCUUACGGGGAAGACGGGGUUUUGCUAAAUAAGGAUCCACAGGUGCUGUUCAAUGAGAAACUUUAUAGAUAUGCAGAUAUGAAAGGUAUUGACGCUGACAAUGAUGCCUAUGAGACAUGAAAGGUUGAAUUAACUUUUACUUUUUGUGUAAAUUACGGUGAUGAUGGAGCUUCAUAGAGCAGAAUUUGAACCAAGAACAAUUGUUGGAUGAGGAAGGUAAAAUAAUGAAUGAAAUGGAAAGUGAUAGAGUUAAUGUAGUUAGGAAAUUGUUAAUGAUGUCAAAUGAAAAGAGGAUUCCUUUUGAGUAAACUUUAUCAUAAUAGACUUUUAUUUGGUAUACCUGAAGAUUUUAGAGAUAGGACAGGUAAGUACGAGGAUUAUUUUAAGGUUGUUGUUGAGGGAGAUGGGAAAAGAGUAGUUGAGCUUGUAAAUUGGGAUCCUACAUUGGAGUUAGCGCAUUAGAGAAAGAGUAUAUGGUUGAUCAGGAUAAGGUGAAGAAGGCGUUUAAGUUUCUGAUAAAACAUGGGAAGGCAUUGGAUUUGGAUGAACGCGAUGAAAGGAAGUUGAAUUUGUUGUAUAUGUUGCCAUUAGUUUCGCCUUAUUCUGAU